GUUAGCCGACACAAACACAGCCUGGCUGUUUGCUACAAGGCCGUCAAUUCAAGCUAGUAACCACAGGAAGAGUGCUGAUUUAAACCUUUAUUAUAUUGCCAUUGUUAUCGGUGUAACUGUGUGUGCCGUCAGGGACAUAUUUAUACACACAUCUAGCGUCCCGACUGAAUGACACGAUGACAGCCAACCGCUCAGACAGCCCGUUAGUUAGCUAACGCAGUCCGGGGGGAGAUUUGGGGGCUAAGAGGAAGAAGAAGAAGCAGAAGAGGAAGAAAGAGAAGCCAAGCUCAGGGGGAGCCAAGUCCGACUCUGCCUCUGACUCUCAGGAGAUAAAGAACCCUGGCUUACCCAUUCAGAAGCUGCAGGACAUCCAAAGAGCCAUGGAGCUGCUGUCCUGCCAGGGUCCAGCCAAGAGCAUCGACGAGGCAGCCAAGCACAAGUACCAGUUCUGGGACACUCAGCCUGUGCCGAAGCUCAAUGAGGUGGUGACGAGUCACGGGCCGAUAGAAGCAGACAAAGAAAACAUUAGACAGGAGCCAUAUUCCUUACCUCAAGGCUUUAUGUGGGACACUCUGGAUCUCAGCAAUGCAGAUGUACUGAAGGAGUUGUACACGUUGUUAAAUGAGAACUAUGUGGAGGAUGACGACAACAUGUUCAGAUUUGAUUAUUCACCAAACUUUCUCAAAUGGGCUCUGCGUCCCCCCGGCUGGUUACCACAGUGGCAUUGUGGAGUGAGAGUGUCCUCAAAUAAGAAGCUUGUUGGCUUCAUCAGUGCCAUCCCUGCAGAUAUACGCAUCUAUGACACACUGAAGAGGAUGGUCGAAAUCAACUUCCUGUGUGUCCAUAAGAAGCUGCGUUCAAAGCGUGUUGCUCCAGUGCUAAUCAGAGAGAUCACACGGAGAGUGAACAUAGAAGGAAUAUUUCAGGCAGUAUACACAGCAGGAGUGGUGCUGCCUAAACCUGUGUCCACAUGCAGGUACUGGCAUCGUUCUUUGAACCCCAGAAAGCUUGUGGAAGUUAAAUUCUCCCACCUGAGCAGAAACAUGACGCUGCAAAGAACCAUGAAACUCUACAGAUUACCAGAUAGCACCAAGACCCCAGGUCUGCGGCCGAUGGAGAGGCGCGACAUCCGCCAGGUCACCGAGCUGCUACAGAAAUUCCUGAGACGUUUCCAGCUUGCACCAUCUAUGGGGGAAGAGGAGGUGGCUCACUGGUUUUUGCCACAGGACAACAUAAUUGACACAUUUGUAGUAGAGGGUGCUGGUGGUGUACUGACAGAUUUCACUAGUUUCUACACUCUGCCCUCGACCGUGAUGCAUCACCCUCUCCAUAGGAGCCUGAAGGCUGCUUACUCUUUUUACAACGUUCAUACACAAACCCCACUACUGGACUUAAUGAAUGAUGCACUGAUCCUGGCCAAGCUGAAAGGUUUUGAUGUGUUCAAUGCCUUGGAUCUAAUGGAGAAUAAGGUGUUCCUGGAGAAGCUCAAGUUUGGCAUAGGAGAUGGAAAUCUGCAGUAUUACCUCUACAACUGGAAAUGUCCCCCUAUGGACCCCGAUAAGGUUGGCCUCGUCCUUCAGUAGCAGCUCUCUUCACGGCUGCUACACAAACACUGAUCAGGAGGUCGUUAGCGACCUCCGGCUAUUCCUUACCUGGACAUACAGGUAGCCCAAGCUAGACAAUGAGAACCACAACAGUAAAACCAACCUGGGAGACUGGGAGACGGUUCAAGAACAUUCUCAGUUCACCUGGAGGUGAAAACUCUUAAAUCAUCAACAUCCUGAAUGUGAAGUCAUGCUAUGCCUGAGAUACUCAUACAGUACAACGCUCCUGACAUGCACACUCACAUUUAAAACAUACCAGUUUGACAUACAAGAGGAUGCCUUGACAUUGUGACUUUUGUUUAGUUCUUCUUCCUCAGCAGACGUUACAGGGGACUGGCAUGUCAAUUACUUUCACACUGAACUAUGUAAAUGAUAAUCAACAAGUCAACACGACCACAAUACAAAACGAUACGUUAUUGUGUCCCACUGCAGCGGCAGUAUAAGAGGGUCUUAAAGGCAUUUAAACGAGAUAUUAUUCCCAUCUCCUUCUCAUAUCAUCGUGGUCAGACGUUUCUCUGGCGGCUGUUUUGGGCCUCAGUAGAAUUAGAAAUGCUAAGAAUGUGUUUCUGUGAUAGCUGACAUAUAAAAGCAUUUAGGAGAAAAAUAUCUUAACUUUUCACACACAGAAACACACACACACACACACUGUCAAAUAAACACACACAUAAUGGAUAUCUUCAUGGAAGGACUCCUCCAACUGGUGCAUUGAUAUACAUGUUUUUUGUUAAAAAUAUAUAGUUACCUGUACAUUUAAAGCCAGAUCAUAUUUAUUCCUGUAGUGUGAGUUCGGGGUUCGGGAGGGCUGAUCCAAAGUAUUUUCCUCAUAGGUAGUGUAGAUGUCACUGAGUUUGUUCCGACAACGUGGGUUUAAAAUGGUUUUUGAUGAAGAAUGUAUUGCGUCAAUGAAGCACAAUUUUUGAGUUCCUAAACAAGCAAAAGGGUCUUUUUCUUUUUGUUUUUUUAAAGGUCAUAUUUCAAAACUGAUGGGUUGUAUUACAAACUGAACAACCUCUGUUUUUACAGGAUGUGAGCUGUUAUGUUACAAACCUGUCUCUGGAGCGGAUGUUUAACGGAACAUCUAAGCCACACGUUUUGUUGUAUUCACUGUUCAUGCAGCUCAGAGUUAUCUGCAUGUGAAUGGUUUGUUGUUCAGUUUGCAAGGCUGUAAUAUACUGUAAGAGGCUACAAGAGUACACACAAGCAGGGCAGUGAGAGUUACAGCACCAAGACAAAUUGAAGUCUAACCAGGGUGGAUUUGAUUUAGAUUUACACAAAAUCUUAAUAGUCUGUGUUGCCCUCGAGAGAUAGUUCUAUAGCAUAAAAACGUCUCACUUACUUUUAAGAAUAAUGCUCUUAAUUAAGUCUCAUUUAAAGAAACACUUCACCUGCAAAAUGACCAUUUAUUUAUUUUUACUCACCGCAUGUUGCCAUGAACUUGUGAAGAAAUCUUUGUUUUUCUUGCAUGCCUCCAUGGUGAAUGGAGAAUCAUUAAAAGCUGAACCUUCCUCAUGAAUUGAAGUCUUUGGGGACUGCGUUUAACAACAGAAAAACUAUAUCAAACAUCCGUUAGCAAACUCUCACACAACUCGUACAGCAUAAUCCAAGUCUCGUUUAUUCAGUCAUAUACUCAGUACUUCCAAAACACAUGCCUUUUCGCAAAAAACGUGACAGUAUAAAACACUUGGCGCCCCUGAACCUGCCUCAGCACGGGUGUGUGUAUGAGCUCCACUAAAGUAGAGUUAAAACACACAUGCCCAGGUAUGCUACUUAGCCGUGCAUGAGACUGUUUGUACCCAUGUGUUUGAAAUUGUAAUGUGCUUUGGAAAUUAUGAGCAAAUGACUAGAUAAAUGAGGCAUGGAUUAUACUGCACGAGUUGAUGGUUUGAUAUAGAUUUGGUGUUUUUAAAUGUGGUCGUAGAGCCAUUUGAGAAUAUUGUUUCCAACAUGCGGUGAGUAAUUGAUACACAAAUGGUCAUUUUGCAGGUGAAGUGUUCCUUUAAAGCAGCCAAGGUCUGUUUUCUUUGUUGAUUUAGUCAUUGCCUCUCACAGAGAAACUAUGACUUCUUACUUUCAGUAGCCUGUUGCAAAGCAGUGAAUAAGACGCCCCUGUGAAGCAGCUGAUUGGCCAAAAGAACAACACUGAGAUGUUUCUUUUAUUAAAGUGGAAAUAGACAACUUUUCAACCCCCCACCUCUGGUCGCUAGGGGUAGCUACCUACAGCUACUGGGGAAAACAAAAGCUCUAUGCUCUUCCUGUUUUGGUUGGACAGUGGUUCCCAACUGGUCCAGCCACAGGGUCCAGAUUUCUCCUUAGUCAUUAGUUCAAGGUCCACACAGUAUAAUAUAUUUAGCAUCAUACUUACCUUUGGCCAUGUCCUCGAGCUAGUUUGCUGUCUCUGUUAAGCACUUGUUCAUUAGUCACUCACUCUGCAGCAGGAAACAGUACUUCAAAAUAAAAGCUCUGUGCUGGAAAUUCACUGUACUUAAAAAUAAAGUUUGUUUUUUACAAAGUUGAUAUGCUAGCAAGUCACUUGUGGACCCGCGACCCUCCAGUUGGAACCACUGGUUUAGGGAACCAAUCUAAGCGCAGAUCAUUCUAUAACCAUCACAUUCUGCAAUCAACAUUUGCUUCAAAAUGAUAAGUUGAAACAAAAAACGGGACUAUUUCCACUUUAAUAAAUAACCAUCAGUUCCCUGGCCUGCAGCAGGAUGUUGAAUGUGCUCUAAUCAAACUCUAAGUUAAAUAAAACAGAGCGGAGCACAACAUUCAGAGUGUUGAGUGGGGAAUAAUUUAACAGCAUGUACUCAGAGCACAGCAUCUGAGUAAACACAAGCCUGUUUCAGUAACAGCAUCAAUUUGAAAUUUGAGCUUUUCUCUUUUUUCCAGAUCCAUUUUUAUUGACGUCACUAUAUUUUAUUUAAUUUUUUUAACGGUACUGUAUUUGUGUCUGGAGAAAAAAAAAAAAAAAAUACUGUGGGUCAUUUUUUUAGUGUGUUGUGCAGCUAAAUGAACAGUUCUGAUAUUUAUAAUUGUACUUUGCAAUUUGUCUUAAGACAUAAUUCCUGUUCUGUUUCUUUCCAGUAUUUCCCCAAAUUUCCCAGUUCAAUAGGCAGCAUCCAAACUGAUUUUUGAGGGUUUUUGGAGUAUUUGGCAUUUCCCUGUGCUCGCCUGAGCGACGGAGAUCUUUGAUUUGUCAGACCACUUGUUCUGUGGUGGAGCUGCUGGUGUUCUCAAAGGUCAAAAUGUUUUUAAAAUUGUCUUUUUGCUCUGAGUUUUGUUACUUUGUGUUUGAUGCUCCUGUUCACGUGGCUCUGCGUAACUUAAGAGGUGAAGGCUGCUGCCGUUUUCGUCGUUACUUUUUCUGUAUGUGAUGUACUUUUCUUCUCAUCCCUUUAUAUAUUAGCAAGAGAAUGACAACCAGUGGACAGUCAGUGCUUCAGGGCUUAAAGAUUUCUUUUUUCUACCAUUGAAAGAACUGGGUUAUUGAGUCAACGGUGUGCCUCAUGGAUGUUGGUUGUGUCACAGAUGUGUUGCCUGCAGCUGUUUGAAUGAGCAUGUCAGUUUUGCUGCUGUGAUGAUUUUUAGCGUUAUUGUUACUAGCCACACCCUUUAGUGAGAACUCAACCCGAAGUACCUGCCUUAUUUAAAAGAUUUUGGGGGUGGUGGGGUGGGGUGGGGGGUGUACUUUUGAAAACGACAUACAGCUUUCUCUAACUGAAGAACAAUAUUUUUAUUCAAAUCCAUUGUAAGCUGUGAAAAAGCUGAAGAAGUUGUACCAGCAUCAUUUAGACAUGACCCCCAUGCAAAUAACAAUCUGUUUCAACACACACGUCAGCUAUACCAGCAUGGAUAUUUGAUUGAAUAAACUCACUUUAAAAAGGGACAAGAGUGACGCACUUCUUUUUAACGUGGCAGUGGAAAACGAGAAUACAAAGCAAGUGUUUUCCUUUAUGUAUAUUUCGGUUUGAGAAUUAUAAAUGGACUCUGCCCCAAAACAUCUUUAGUUGGUUAGGGUCUGACAUGUUUGUUUCUGUGGGUUUUAUACCUCCACGCCAUACAUACACAAGUCUGUUCCAUUUAUUAUGAUGCAAUAUCUCUAGGAUGCUUUACAGAAGUGUCUUCAAUUUUGGCACAAACGUCCACUUGGACUCAACAAUGAACUGUUAGAAUUUGAUACUCAAAGGUCACUGUGAACUCAAAAAACCAUGUUUUUGGCCAUAGCACAGGAAUUUAUAUGCUAAAUAUUUCAGAAAUUUCUAAUAGGAUAAAAUGAAGUGAUGAAGGCAUAUUCAAAAGGUCAAAGGUCAUCUUUACUGUGACAUUGUAAUGUUCUGUAAAAACAAUUUAAUGGCCAUUUUUCAACGCCAUAACCCAGGAACAGAAGGAGAGAUAUUUGGUCAGUGACUCUAAUCUUGUGUGACCAUCUAAAAAAAAGUGCUGACUCUUCUGCUGUGUAUAGAUCUCCUGUGCUGCCGGGCUAAUGUGUGAAGCGUCCACGUUUUAGAAUAUGUGGCUUCUCUGCAGCAACAUCAAUUAUUUGAAGAAUAUAAUACCAUCAUGGCUGCAUACAAGUCUGGACGGACAUGGAUGUAAACUGUAAACUUGACUGGUUGGCAGAGACGGUAAUUCUAGUUUUUAACUUAAGUUGUUUACCAAAGAAAAAAUAUAUCACACACAGUUGAGUAGAUUUUAUUCAGAAACAAAAACAUCAGUUUAAUAUGUGUAUUUCUGACCAAAGAAAUAUGUAGAGCUGCAACGUUUAGUCAAUCAAUUAGUCAAUUCAAAGAAAAUUAAUUGUUUUAGGCAUUUUUCAAGCAAAAAUGUCAUAUCUGCUGGUUCUAGCUUCUUAGAUAUGAGAAAUAGCUGCUUUUCUUUAUUUUUUUUAUGAUUGUACAUGAAUCUUUGGGUUUCGGACUGUUGGUUUGGACAGAAGAAGCAAUCUGAAGACAUCACUUUGGGCUCUGGGAAAUUGUGAUGAGCACUUUGAGACAGUUUUUUGACAUUUUAUAGACUGAACGAUUAGUUGAUUCAUCAGUUAAUUGUGAAAAUAAUCCUUGGUUGCAGCCUUAGAAAUAUAACUGACAAAAUCAACUUAAAGCAGUGGUUCUCUACUGAUGGGUGGAUGGUCCACUCUGAAUGGGUUGCAAGUGACUUGUUUGCAAAAAACACACUUUAUUGUGAAGUACAGUGAAUUUCCAGCGCAAAGCUUUUGUCUUGAAGUCUGAUUUCCUGUUGUAGAGUGAGUGACUAAGGGAAAGCUACUUGACAGAGACAGCAAACUAGCUCGAUGACAUGGCCAAUGGCAGUUGUGACACUGAAUAAAUUCAACUGUGUGGACCUUGAACUGACGACUAAGGAGAAAUCUGGACCCUGUGGCUGGACCAGUUGGGAACCACCGGUUUAAAGGAUCAUACCAGGGUCCUUUAAAGUUAUUCCGAGUCAUGUAAACUGCAGCCCAGUCCCCAAACCACACCACACUUUUUUUUUACCUUUACUGCAGCCACUGGUUUGCAUUCAUUUCAACAGAGAAUGAGAACAGAAACGAAAUUUAUUUAAAAAAGGCUGCCCAUUUCAACAAAUGAUGUCUGCUUCUGUGUUUGACAGAAUUUAAUUCAUAUUUUUUCUGUUUUAUGAAUUGUUGACUUUGAAAGAAAGUCAAUUUCUUUACAAUGAAAUACUGACAAUGGACAAAAAAAGCUGACAUUAAAUGUAGGGCUGCAACCACAAUUCUUGUCAUUAUCUAUUAAUCUGCAGAUUGCUUUCUUAUUAUGUCUAUGAAAUGACAGACUUUGUGAAAUAUCCCCAUGGUCACAUCUUACAAAUACUUGUUUUUUUUUAUAAUCAAUAAUCCAAAAACCCAAAUGACUUUCAAUAAACUUUAAAAAGAAAAGCAGAGGUUUGUCACACUGAAGAAGCUGAAACCAUAAAACCUUCUGUCGAUCAACUAAUCAAUAAACUACUGCAGCUCUAGUUCACUGUCACAAAUUAAGUAUCUUUCUCAAGCACAUUUCAAGUCCGUGCAAACACAACUGAAAGUCAAUGGCUGCCUGAUACGUAGGAAAAAUGCACUGACAAAAGUGUAAGUGAAUGAACUAAAACAGUGGAUCCCAAGUUAAUGGUCAGGAGGUGAAAUACUAAAC